CUUAGUUCUCAGUACGAGUUGGACCGGGGAUCGGAUUAGACGCUAGUCAAAGUCGGAGAAUCCGCGGGCGCGCGCGUGUGUGUGUGUUGUAGAUGUAGUCAAUCAAUUGAUCCGGAACGAAAAUAGAUAUCCUUUAGAACUGAGGGCGCGUGGCGCGUGGACAACCGUUUAAGAUCGUUGAUCUGUCGUGACAAGUGGAAAGUUUCCGUGGUUUGAAAACUAAAGUGGCCACAAAAUGAGCGAACUGGAGGAUAUUGUGGAGCACAUGAGGCGCUUUGCCUGGCCGGAUUAUCUCGUGUUUGUGUUGAUGCUGUUCCUGUGCAUCAUGAUUGGGGUGUACUUUGGGUUUGUGCAGCGGAAGCCGAACACCGAGUCCGAGUACCUGAUGGGUGGCCGGACCAUGCUGGUGUUUCCGAUCGCGCUCUCGCUUAUUGCAAGCUUCAUAUCCGGCAUAACCCUGCUAGGGCUACCGACCGAGGUUUAUUCCUUCGGAAUCCAGUACGUGUACGUGGCUCUCGGUGUCAUCGCAAUGGGCCUCGUUAUGGGCUUUAUCUAUCUGCCCGUGUUUCACAAGCUCAACAUCACUUCCACCUACGAGUACCUGGAGAUACGUUUCGAUAAACGGUUACGAAUGUUCGGUUCAGUAAUGUUUACCAUAAUGAAUAUUGGUUACUUACCAAUAGUUAUCUACGUUCCAGCACUUGCUUUUAAUCAAGUGACCGGCGUAAACAUCCACGUGAUCACUCCUAUUGUUUGUGUCGUGUGCGUGUUUUACACCUGUGUGGGUGGCCUCAAAGCGGUCGUUUGGACCGAUGUCGUGCAGACUUUUUCGAUGUUCGGCGCGCUCGUGCUGGUGGCCGUCAAGGGAACCAUCGACCUGGGAGGAUCGGAUGUUGUGUUCAGGAGUGCCUGGGAAACUGGUCGGUUGGAGAGGCCCAACUUUGACAUCAACCCGACCACGCGGCACACCCUGUGGUCACAGUUGAUCGGUGGGUUCGUGUACUGGCUGCAGACGAAUGCCGUCAGUCAGAACAUGAUCCAGCGGUACCUGUCGCUGCCGUCGGUGAAGGCCGGUCGGCGGGCUCUGUGGAUCUUUGUCUUUGGAGUUUGUCUGCUGAUGGCGUUGUGCAGCUACUGCGGCCUGCUGAUCUACGCGACCUACCAAAACUGCGACCCGUUGACGACCAAGCUCGCCAAAGCCAAGGACCAACUGCUCCCACUGUUUGUGAUGGACAUUCUCGGGGAACUUCCCGGCCUUCCUGGGCUUUUCGUAGCCGGAGUGUUCAGCGCGGCGCUGAGUUCGCUGUCGACCUGUCUGAACUCGAUGUCCGCCGUCAUUUUGGAAGAUUUUGUCAAGCCUUACGUGAAGAAGCCGCUUUCGCCGCUGGCCAUCAACUGGAUCAUGCGCUCCGUAGUCGUCGGCGUCGGUGCCCUUUGCGCCGCACUGGUCUUUGUUGUCGAGAAGAUGGGCACGGUUCUCCAGCUGACCAUGAGUCUCGAAGCCAUCACCAACGGACCAUUACUAGGCACUUUCACGCUAGGCAUCCUGAUUCCUUGGGUUGAGUCCAGGAGCGCCCUAACGGGAGGCAUCGUCGGCGUCCUGUUCAUGUCCUGGCUCAGCCUGAAGGCCCAGUACGCGGUCGCGACCGGUGCCAUAACCUACCCCCACAAGCAGAUGUCUGUCGAGGAGUGCAGCUACGAGUUUGACCGGUCCGCCCUGAACGCCACCGUCACGAGUUCCGUGGCCGCCGAGGACAUCUUCCCCCUGUUCCGGGUGUGCUACAUGUGGUACACCUUCCUGGGGGCGGCCGUUACGAUCUUGGUGUCGCUCGCGUGCACCCUGGUCUACGGACGGAACGAUCCCAAGACGGUGGCGCCGGAUCUGCUGGCGGGAUUCGUGCGGCGGUACGUGUACGGUGGGGAGGGGGAAGAAGCGAGUGGAAGCGGAUGCAACGGGAAAGAGGUUAAGGCGAGGUUGAACAAUUCGACGGGGGGUUGUAAUCACGACGAGAUUUUGAAAGAGUCGCAGCUUUGAGGAGGCGCGGGUAUUUUGCGGAAGAUGCAAGUGUUCCUAUUUUAUUGUAUGAUGAUGGAUUUAUAAUAAUAAUGAUAAAUAAGAAAAU